AUGAAUAAUAAAAAAGAUGAGACCAUAAAAGAGGUUGAACAAAAAAGUAAUGAGUUGGCAGAAAUUAAUAUGUACGAAAAUUCAGAACUUUUUUCUGAUACGACUAUGUCAGAGAUAGAUAACGCAUAUAAAUUUUGGAAUGAAGAAGAAGAACUUACAUCCAUUUUUGAUAUAUGCAAAGAAUUCGAAAGUUCAGAAGAGGAAUAUGAGGAAAAGGAAGUUGGAAAAAAAUCAUAUAAUUACCAAAAGAAUGCUAGUAUUGAAAUAAAUACCAUGCCGUUGGAAAAUACUACACAAGAUGAACAAACAAAUGAUUUUUAA